AUGAUGCAUGAUCGGGCGCCAUCUUCACAUGCCAUUGACGCUGCUCAACACCAUCACCACCCUCCGUCCGCACAUUACCAAUCCACCUCGGCCAACGGCACGCGCAGCAAUGGCGCAUACUCGCCCGUUCGAGACAGCCAAACGAUGAGCGACACCACGGGCGCCUCGGUGCCAUCCAUGGCUCAAUCGCCUGCCUCUCGCUCCGUCAUACAGGAUGGCGAUGGUGGAUCGGCCAAGAAGGACUUUCAACGCUCCUUCAAGGCAUGCGAUGGGUGCCGCACCAAGAAGGUCAAGUGCGAGCUGGGCGACUUGGCCGCGCCAUCUGAGCCUCCAUGUGCACGCUGCAAGCGCGAGAUGCGCCCAUGCGUCUUCACCAUGUCGACGCGCGGACGUGGGCCCAAAGCGCGCUCGUCUCGAUCGCAAGCGUUUGGUGCGCAUCAUCUCGCCAAGAAUCCACGUACAUCAUCAGCGCAGGAGAUGGACGAGCUCGACGAACACAGCACCGCCUCAUCUGCCAUCGAUGCGCUUGCCGGCGCAGCGCUCGCUUCUCUGCCUGCUACCAAUCCACGGCUCCAUUCGGCUCGUCACGAUGUACCCGUCUCUGCUCUCGACCCUUCGGAUGCACCAAGCAUCGGCAUGAUCUACGGUCUCAAUCGUCACGAUGGCGCGCGUGUGCCAAAUAAGCGCAGGAGACUCUCGAGCGAUGUGAGAUCCUCGGGACGCUCCGACGCCGUGGACGAGCCAACGGACGAUCCAAUUGCAGAGGAAGAUCUGGGCGAUUCGGCCGAGUCUGCGAGCCCAACAGCGGCAGCAGCAACGGCCAGUAACGAGCCUCUUGGUCUGAUUUCUAGGCUCGAUUCUCUACAGCAGUAUGCAGAGGUUGGCUUGCAACACAGCAAGGACGCCCUCAGAGUAUUAGCAGGCGUUGCAGUGGAUUCAAGACAGCCGACCGACGAAGCCGACGGGGAAAGAGGCGCUCACGACCAACAGCAGAACGGUGGCGCAUCAGCAGCCCAGGAGCAAGGCGGCUCCACCGGCCAGCACAAUCUGUCCUCAUUUGCAGAAGCUCGUUCGUCCGAACAGAUAGCGUCAUCUUCCGCAGCUGCUUCCGCCUCCCAAACAGCAUCCGGCCUUCGCACAAGCUCAAAUUCAGCGCAGCGAUCAGCAGCGGCGCUUCUCUACCGCCCAGUCACUCCACCACCGCUCAAGCACAACUACGGCUGGAGCAAGUUCGAGCCAGUGCGGCUCAAACUCGUCAAAAGGAGCGAGGCCAGAUACUUUCUCAACUUCUUCGUUCGGCAGAUGCACUCGUUUGCACCGCACUGCGCACCCCAUCUCCUUGACAAAUCGCCCGAGGCGCUGUCCGAGCUAGUCUGCCGCGAGCCUAUCUUGCUCGGUGCUAUGCUGUCGGUAGCCUCGCGCUAUGAUGUCGCCAACCAUAAUGCGCACGUUACCGCUGUGGACACGUUUCAUCGCAAGAUUUCAAAAUGGACGCAGGAAAAGAUCAGUCGUUCGUUCUUCCUGCCUGCCUCGCACACCAUCGGCACCAUCGAAGCGCUGCUGAUCCUAAGCGAAUGGGCGACGCUCGACUUGCACGAUCGACGCUCCUCGCCCGACGCCAGCUCCGACUCGGAGGAUUCGGAAGAUGGCAUGCAAAAUCAAGAUUUAUCCGACUCGGACGCUGAUGACGCCGACGAGGCUUCUGCUACGAGUCCAGCCACUGUGGCAGCGACGGGCGACGAUCUCAGAUCCGAGCACGAAGGCCAGAUUCCACGACCGGGACGGUCGAAACGAACGGGCGCACGACCCUCGCAAAAACCUCGCCAAGCGGACAUGCGCGAAUCGGAAAAGUUUGACGACACCGCGUGGAUGCUGACGGGAACGGCGCUGCGACUUGCAGAACGACUCGAUUUGCACAACGACGCCACGUACAGUGGCAUCUCGAGUCGCAAUGCAGCUUCACGACGCAACGCAGAGCGUCGAAUGCGUGUGUGGAUGUCCAGCGUUCACGCCGACUGCCAUCUCUCCGUCCGUUUGGGUCGCCGCAUCUCGAGUCCAGGCCUAGCAGCGCCAUUCAUGAAUCUCGUUCGAGAUCGCACACAUCCCUUCCUCCUAAACGCCGAUAUCAGCAACAGUGGUGAGGUUGGUUUCCCAUCGGGCUCCAAUCGUGCCUGGAUCGCUUUCCGUGCCCAUGCCGAACUGCUGCAGAUCGUCUUUCGCACCUGCGAGAAUCUGUAUCGAUCCAAGGCCGUCACCGAGCGGCUGUUGGAAGAUGAAGACUUUGUGCCGGCUCUCAAGUCGAUCCGAGAUGAUCUGGACAAUUGGGCCAACUGGACGCAACCCCGCAUGGAGCCGACGCGCGACAUGACGUCGCUUCGCGUACGUGUGGAGUACCACUAUGCUCGCCUGUACGCCAACGGCAUUGCACUCGACUCGGUCAAGCGCAGUCUGAGGACGUUGCGCACGCACAGGCAGUAUCGUGCAUCGGAAGCGGCAGAGAUUGGAUCCAAGGGAAGGCUAGGAAAAGCAGGCGCGAGUGCCGCCGCUUCGGCAGCUGCUUCGUACACGGUCAGCUUCUCGACGCAUCCUGCCUAUCCAUUUGUGCGUGAGGCGCUCGCAGCAGCGCAGAGUCUCAUCCGCAUCUUGACGGUCGAGCUGGAGACCAUGAUGUGCGCGCCAGCCAGGUGGUUCCUGUUGCUUGUCAUGGCCGCCGUGUUUUGCGUCAAGGCGACCGCGGUCUCGGAUGUCAUUUUGCCGCUCAAGAGAUGCGCGCAAUCGCUGCAGCAGGUUAUUACGGCACUAGAGCGUGCAGCCCCCGACGGCGUACAUCUGGCGAACCGCUACUCGAUGUACCUGCGCCAAUUGGCUAAGCAGUUGGUCUUGACGGAUGCCAAAACCAGAGGAGCGUCCAACAGCACCGGUCAAGCUCGAACCAAGUCGCACACACGAAGCACGUCACAAAUGGCGCAGUCAGAGGCUGCAGGCGGCGCGGCGGUUGCGAACCAGGCGGAACGCUCUUCCGCCGAAAAACCCGGUGACACGACCGACAGACAAGCUGCUCAAGCCUCGGCAGGGUCUCAGCCUCAAACUUCGGCCUCGUACGAGACGCCUACAACUCCAGCUGGGUCGCUUUUUGACCAAGGGUCGAAUGCGAGCGGGCUCACACCUGGCACACGCGGGCAGACUGUUCAAAUGCCUGCUCCCGAGGGGUCCCUUCAAUCUCGUGCAGUGAUGGGUGCACCCGCGUCGGCAGAUGUUUCCGGAUACGCACGUCUUCCCGAAAACACGCGCCAGCUCCACAGAUCGGGCGGCAACGACGUGUGGAACAACACCACGGGUGCUGGAUGGACGCCAGCGGCGCAACCGGCUGCACAGAGCAUGGCGGGCAGCGGCACAGGAUCUUGGUGGAGUACGGCGGAUAUCUUGGCUGGAGAAGUAGAUCCUCAGUUGUUCCUGAAUUGGCUCGACGAUCAGACAUCAACGCUGGCGCCUCCCACGUCGCACCAUCCCCUAUCCUCCUGGGCCAGCGGGGUUCAGUCGGCGACAUCGACGACGGGUGCGCAGCCGCACGUGCAGCGACCACACGCGGGCUCAUUCGGCAGCAUGAUGGCCCCUUCACCUCGCGCGGUCAUCCGGUCGCCAGCGUCGGUCGCGAGCCCAGCGGCUGGCUCUUCUUUCUCAUCAAAGCCGCCGCAUAUGGCAGAAGGCGCUUAUCGGAGUAUGACGCAAUCACAGCAGAUGGCGGGCGCCGAUGGAUCGCAAGCGGAAGAUUUGUUGACGAAGAUGUGGCUGGACGAUGCACUGACCGACCUGGCUGCGGCGGGACUCGAUAUGCCGUUUCUAUAG